AUGUCCGAGCCGACCGAAUCUAUUACUCUUACAUCUAGCAAAACUGCUGCCGGUGCAGCGAAAUCUGCUGUAGUUAACGUUCCCAAAUCACCGAAAACAUCUCGAAAGCUCGCUCUCAUGGAGGAGCAAAGUUGUGAUUUAUGUCAAAACGCUGACAAUAGCCGGAUGGUCCAAUGCGACUAUUGUAAGAAUUGGUAUCACUUCGAAUGUGCUAACGUAACUGAAGACAUUGAGUUCUACGACUGGAUUUGUACGAAAUGCGAAACCGCGGAAAUAAAUCCCCAGAAAAAGAAACCGUCUCGGAAAAACGCCAGAAGCGCAGUGAAGAAGAUAAAUUCAUCAAUAGCAGGUGCGAAGAAAUCGAAGACUGUAAAACCAAAAAAGAUGGUGAAGAAUUCGACCUCCAAGGACCACCAGCAAAAUCAGCAAGUUGAACGGGAGAAAUCACAAAACAGCGCCGAUGAAAAAUUGGCGGGAAACGAGAAGGUGAAUAAAUCAACCAAAUCCAAAUCUGUGGGGUCAGACUCUCUGAGCAGAUCGCAAGCUUUGAAAAUGCAGUUGCAGAAAGUGCAUGCUGAAGAGAAACUGAUGCUUGAAGAGAUGAAACGAAAACGGGAAUUGUUGGUCAAAAAGUUCGAACUGAUGGAAGAAAUAGCCAACACUGAUGAAGCUGCCGGAUCUGAUGCGCACCUUGAAAGCGACAGCGACUCUGACGAGUAUUCCGAAUCCGAAGGUGAGCAAAGCGACGACGACACAGACAGCGGUGACGAUCAGGAUGAACCCUUUAUCCCAAAGCGGCAAUCAACUCCCGUUAAAUUACAAUCGCGGCGAGAGAAGCAACACUCUCGAAUGAAUGUCACUCUGAGCCGAGAGCAGAUAGCUGCACGGCAGGUAGUAUCGUGCGAUCUUCCCAGAUUCGGAGGUAAUCCCGACGAAUGA